GAUCGUCUGCAGGCAGAGGAAGUGAGUGUCUUUCCCUCCUCUCAGGACGUCAGCACAGAGGUCACCAUGUCCUCCGAAGACCUUCCUCUGAUUUUUGAGCCAUUUGAGGACGUCACAGCACCCGGAGCAUCAUCCGGACCGUCUGUCGCCAUGACGCCAGCGGCCGUAACCAUGGGAGACCCAGAGCUGGAGCGGAUGGUGUCCAUGGUUACGGAUCACAUUUCCUCUGACGGCCGUCUCUCAGGAACGCUGGAGACGUCUGGAGCGACAGAGCCAAUCACAGAGUCCCAUCCGGAAGCAGAGCAUUAUGGGACGACACAACCAGGUGAUGAUGUCACACAGAGCUCCGUUACCCAUGAGGCUGUGACGGUCUCUGAGCUCGUUCACUUACCAGCGUCAAAACCGUCAAAGACAGACACGGACGAUCCCGAAUCGAAAGAGGAGCCGGAUGAAGAUGAGGAGGAAGAGGAGAUGGACUCUGAUGAGGAGGAGAGCGAAGAGGACCUGACAGAGAGCACCGUGGCCCCUCACACCCGUCUGCCGUACAGCCUGAUCCCUCCUCCUCCCGUCUGGGUGCAGCGGAACCAGGGCCUGGUGCGGAGCUGGGUUGAACUUAUCAGAGAGAAGGCUGGUUAUGUGUCGGGGAUGUUGACUCCGGUCGGGAUUGGAAUAGCCGGAGCUCUUCUGCUGGUCGGCGCUCUGUACAGCAUCAGGAUGAUCCAUCGCAAGAGGAGGAACAGCUUCAAACACCAGAGGAGGAAGCCUCCCAGAGAAGUGCGCAGCGGACCAGACAACGCCAUGCUGCUGGCUGACAGUUCAGAAGACGAGUUCUGACCAGAAUCCUCUGUGGAUCAGUCCAGAUAUGAACAACAGCGGUUUAGUGUUUCACACAAAUACUGAUGAGUAUAUACAGUCAGUACAGUUAUAAAUGGAGUUUUCUUUCAGAAUCACAAAAAUAAGCUUUUUUUCUUCAAGCAUUUACACUUUUUGAGGAACUGUAUGUAAAAUGAACAUUUAAGAUACUCAAAAACAGCAUUAUU